UGCUCAGAAAAUCAAGAUGGCAUCCGAGAAUGAUACGGGUAUCGUGUCAAACGAACGAUGUGAUGUAAAUAAUACGAUUCAGCAAGUGUUUGAGCCGUUGAGAGGGGAAAUAUCGAGCGCGAAGGCGCUUGGGACACAGUGGAAGAACGUGAAUAAGGAGGCAACCGAUUGUUCCGGCGAUAUCGGUUUAAAUUCGAACAGGACGCCCACGGUUUUCCCUACAGCGUCAUCGUUCAACACAAACACCGACCGACAUGAAUUACAAAGAAAUGCGAACACUUUGAGCUCUUCUGGUGAUGUGCAAGAACGUGCAAAUUAUAAAUUCAUUGUUAGUACGACUUUGCAUAAAUUACCUUCAAAGCCAGACAGUAUGUCCACUCAGAGGAAUGAUCUAGACAGUGCUGCUUGUGUACCUGAGAAAACAGACGAUAAUCCAGAUCAAUGUAAUAAUGAAUUAUUGAGGACUGCUAGAGAACCAGUGCAACAUAUUAUUCAUACUGAUUCCACAUGUGGCAACAAUACAAUAUUAUCUACCAGUAUGCAUGCAUUACCAGCAAAAUUAGAGGGAUGUUUAAAUUUCUCUAACAAUACUCCUCAACUUGGAGAAAGCCCACAGAGUAGCGGAGAAGUGAUCAGUAGUCCUCGAAGUCCAGAUUACCCUCCAAGGGUUUCAAAUAGUCCAAAUAGUCCAGAUAUAAUGUUUCCUAUUACUAUGACAUCAACACAUACCAGUUCCAAUAUUAAUAUAAUGGAUACAGCAAAAUAUAAUGAAGAAAAUACCGACACAUCUACAAAAAUUAACACAGAGUUACAGAGUUAUCAAUGUUGUGGCAAACUGGAGAUAAGCGAUUCUUCAGAAAAUUCUGUUUUACAAACAAAAAUAAAGCUGGAACAUGGUUCAACCGAAGAAAAUAUACAAGAUACAACUAUAAAAACAGAAAUAGUUGAACAAAAAGAAGAAUCAGAAACUAUAAAAUCAGAUUGGGGAAAUGAGAGAAUACCAACUGCUGUAACAAAUAAGACCGAUAGUAAUACACAUCCAAAACCUAUAGAACCUGUUAAUGCAUCGUCUUCAAAUUCACAUUCAAAGGUGGACUCAUCGUCUAAAGACAAACGUAAAGAACAUAGUGAUAGAAGACACUGUUCAAGAUGCUAUAGAAGAAGCAAAAUCAAACGGGCAAAUAUUGGUGUCCAAUGUAAACGUGAUCGUAGUAUACUUCCUUUAAAUACCAAAACAAUUUCUUUACCGUUAUCAAAAUCUACUAGUGAUAAUCUGAGACUUAACUUACAAACAAAAAAUUACAAGAUGCUUAAUAGUACAGGGGUGAAAAGUGAAUUAUUAGAAGGCUUAAAAUAUAAGAAAUUUAUUCAUAUAGAGACAUACCCUAAUGGUGGGGCAACUGUUGUGCAUAUGUUUCAAGAUGAAAUUGAUACUUUGUCCAGUGAACAAGUAGAAGAGUUGGCACAAGAGUAUUUUAAAGUAGUUUUUGGGGAAGAUGAAAAUGGUAAUGCUCAUCAUGUUAUGGGAAUAGUACAUAAUGCAGCAGCAUAUCUUCCCGAUCUUUUGGAUUAUAUGGCAAAUAAUUAUCCUACUUUAACAGUGAAGAAUGGAGUAUUAGGAAGAAGUAGUGAUAUUGAAACAACUACUAUGGUACAAUACAAAGAGCAAGUUUGCAAAGCAUAUAGUAAUGGAACAAUACGAUAUGGACCUUUGCAUCAAAUAAGUCUUGUGGGUACUGUCCACGAGGAGGUUGGAGGUUAUUUUCCAGAUCUUUUACAAAAAUUAGAGGAAAAUCCAUUUUUGAAAUUGACGAUGCCAUGGGGUCCACUAUCAGUAGUAAAAAUGGAAACUCCACAAGAAUCAAAUGAUGGUCCUAUCCUAUGGAUUAGGCCAGGAGAACAAUUAGUUCCAACGGCAGAUAUAAAUAAAAGUCCUUACAAAAGGCGUAGAACGGGCAUAAAUGAACUACGCAACUUACAAUACUUACCACGACUUAGCGAAGCUCGAGAAUACAUGUUCGAAGAUCGUACAAAAGCUCAUGCCGAUCAUGUAGGCCAUGGAUUGGACAGGAUGACUACGGCUGCUGUUGGAGUAUUAAAAGCGGUGCAUGGUGGUCAAGCAUCAGAAUAUAAUAGAGUUACGAAAGACGUUGUGGCAUUUUACGCUGGUGAUUUUCCAGAGUUAGUUGAAAAACUUCAACUAGAUCUCCACGAACCACCAAUAUCUCAAUGUGUACAAUGGGUCGAAGAUGCUAAGUUGAAUCAAUUAAGAAGACAAGGUAUUCGUUAUGCAAGGAUAAAUCUUUAUGAUAAUGAUAUUUAUUUUUUACCGCGUAACAUUAUUCAUCAAUUUAGAACGGUCUCAGCUGUUUCAAGCAUUGCGUGGCAUGUUAGAUUGAAACAGUAUUAUCCAGAGUCACAACAUAAUUCAAGUAUAAGACAUAGUCGAGUUAUUAAUGAAUCUACGCAUCGUAUUAAAGAAAAGAAACCGUUAGAAACCGUUGGUAUAGGAGAUGAACAGAAAGAAAAUACUAAUCGUCAACGAUUAGAACAAAAGCUUUAUUCUGAUUCUCUUGAAGAAAAGAAGGCUAAAGAAAGAGCUGCGGAGUAUCAAGGAAACCUAAAAAAGUCAGAUCAACAUGGAAAACGAAAAGACGAUCGUAAAAGCCGUGAUCAUGGCCGACACUCGUCUGUUAAAAGAAAAGAUGGUGAAGAAAAUAAUGAUACGUCUGCAAAUCAUUUUAAUGAUGGUAAAACUACGAAAAGUGGAGCUAGCGAUCAAAAGUCUAGCGGCAGUAAAAGGGAUGAUAAAAGGUCUGAUAAAAAACACGAGAUACGACAUCGCAAUAGUGACAAAUCAAGUCAUCAUUCGCAUAGUAGCAGUAGCAGCAGUAACAGUAGUAGCAAAAGUAAUCAUUCUGGAGACAAGAAGAAAUAUGAUUGUAGUGGUCAUAAAUUAGAUCAUCAUCGCAGUCAUCAUAGCAGAUCGAGUAGUAGUAAUAACGUUUCGAGUAAAGAAACUAUUUUGAAUGUAAUGGAAGGACGAACAUCUAUUAAAUAUGGUACAACAGGAUCUCCUUUAAAAGACAGUAAAAGACAUUUCAGUUCUUCAGAACUUUGUCCACCUAUAUUAGAAUCUUCUAAUACUGAAACAAUUGUUUUGGAAAAUGAAGUAUUAAAUCAAAGACAACUAAUAGCUAAAACGUAUGCAACUGAGGUCGUUGAUAAGGCAUUAGAAAUUGCUAUAUACAAGUCUAAGACUGACGUUGAUGAAGUUUGUCAAUCUCUAAGGAUUGGUGUAGCUGAAGCCUCAAAAGAAGUGCUAGAUAAAAUUAGAAAAGAAAGUUUUGAAAUUGCCGAACAAAGGUUCAAAGAUGAUACUACAAAAUUGGAAAGGUAUUCUCAAUUACUUGAAAUGGAGACUGUAUUAGCAUUUACGUCGAAAAUGGAAUGCGCAACAGAAAAUGCUGUGAAAGCUUUAAUUGAAAUGGCUGAAGACGAAGCUAAGGAAAGAAUAAAGAACGAGAAACCUUCUGAAAGUCCUGCUGAAGAUCAUACCAUCACUGAAAAUCAAGUUCCCACUUUAACCAGUACAAGUUCUUGCUCUUCUGUUUCAAUGACUACAUCACCGUUAAUGGAAAGUGAGAAAUACAGUAGUAGUAGUAGAGUUAGCAAUGUAGAAGAAAAAUCCUUAAAAUCUUCUGAUCAUCACGCUUCUAUAGGAGAAUCUAAAAGAAAGUACAGAGAUGAGAAAGAUUCUAGAAGUCAGAGGCACAAGGAAAAAAGAGAUCGUGACAAACGAGAUCGCGAUCGUAAAAAACAUCGUCAUCGAAGUCCACAAAGUAAAUCUGAACAUAAAACAAAUGAGACGAUAAAAGAAAGUUCAUCAAAGAAUGUGACAUCCUCAAUUCGGGAUGUUUCUAAUUCUAGUAAACCUGCAGACUCUACUGAUGUUAAAGAAAGUGAAAAGAAAUUAGAAAAACGAAAGGACAGUCAUCACAGUCAUGGAAGAGACGGACAAAAGAGAUCAUCCAGCAAUCGUUCGAAUAAAGAUGAUACAGGAUCGAGUCAUUCGCACUCGACGAGUUCAAACCAUAAGCGCAAGUCAAGUUCGUGUUCAGAACAUAAAGAGCACAAAAAAUUGUGUACAGAAAAAGAAACAAUUUCACGAACAUCUGAACAAACAAAUAUUAAUCCUUCAGUUCCCACUACAACAACUGUGACAACACCAACCGAAACAACUUCUACGAACAUUGUUACAUCAACAACAUGAAAAGAGCUUACUGUUGAGAAGUCCAAACUGAUGUCUGUAUUGCAAAAGUUAUUUUGCUAUGAAAACUCUGAGUGUCUCACAAACUGAAAGUGAAGAAUAUAGUUAAUAGAUAUUUAUACUGUAAGUGAUCGAUCAAUGAGCGGUGUACAAAUAGAACUUGUACAAAUUCGUGGUUGGAAACUUUUUCCGAUCAGCAUAAGAUUAUUGUGCAUUGUAUAUAAACCAAAAAAUGCCCUAUUGGGAGGAUUGUGUCACAGUAAAGCUUGAUUAAAUUAUUUAUAUAUGUAGAUAUAUAUAUUAUAGUAUACGUUAAAUUAUUUAUAUUUUCAUUAUAUCUUAUGACAGUACAGAAAAUUCUUAAUUUGAAAAACAAAGCUGUUAAUCAUAUUGUUUUCUUUUUUGUUCUUUUUUCUUUUUUCAUAAAUCGUACAAAAUUAUCAACAAUCAUUCUUUAAUAUUCGUACCAUAAAAAAUUACAUUUUUUUGUUUGCCCUAUUAAUUAGGAAUCUGAAAUUGAUAAAUGAGGGAAAAAAGUAACAGAAUACUUUUAAUAUACAGAUUAUAGAUUAAGUCGGAAUCAAUAUAUUAUAUUAUUAUUAUUGGAGAUAUAUAUGAUAAAACAGAUAUAUGCACAUGCUUUUCAUAUUUGUUUAGCAGUCACGAUGUCAUGAUGUGUUACUGUCUUAAAGCAAUAUAUCUUCUUUUCGUUCCUUUACGAAUAUAAAUACAUUUUUAUAUGGAUGAAAUAGCAAUAAAAAUCUGAAUGUAUUUUUGUUCGAAGCAGAAAGAAAAAAAGCGUAUCUUGCUUUAAGUUGUAGAUAGCAAUAUUAUUUUCACAUUAUGAGAAAUAGUAUUAUGGGUAACAACAAACGUACAAAUUCUUUGCCUUUGAAGAUAUUACUUGUUUGGGACAGUGAAACAUUGCAACAGAUUGAUCACAAAUGUUAAUAAUAUUUUCUCUAUUUGAGUAAAAUAACAAUUGUUCUAAAGUUAAUGGUAGCUAUAGAAAAGAGAGAAAGAGAGAGAAUGUUAGCAAUACGACAGAUACAUGAGUCGUGUAAUGCUAAUGUAGAUUUGUGUAUAUGAAAUGUAAUAAUACACAGAGUGUAUAAAGCUUCUACGUAUGUAACGAUGUAACAUCGUAUAUAUUUUAUAUAAUUUUUUAUUUCGUAUACUACGAUCGAAAAUCUAGUUUAACAAUAUUUUUUCAGUUCUCUAAUUGUUCAAUUCGACAAUUAAGAUUUAUUACUAUCGUCAUCGUCAUCGUCACCACCACCAUCAUCAUCAUCUCAUCGUUAUCAUUGUCGUCAUCGUUGUCGUCAUCGUGUUGUCAUCGUGUCAUCAUCGUUGUCAUCAUCGUCGUCGUCAUCGUCAUCGUCAUCGCCAUCGCCAUCGUCAUCGUCAUCGUCAUCAUCAUCAUCAUUAUUAUCAUCAUCAUCAUCACACCAUCAUUAUCGUCGUCGUCGUCGUCGUCGUCGUCGUUAUCAUCAUCAUCAUCAGCAGCAGCAGCAUUAUUAUUAUUAUUAUUAUUAUUACUAUUAUUAUUAUUAUUAUUAUUAUUAUUAUUAUUAUUAUUAUUAUUAUUAUUAUUAUUAUUAUUAUUAUUAUUAUUAUUAUUAUUUAUCCAAAGCAGCACUUUUUAUGUUAUAUAUACAUUCUCGAAUAUAUUUUCUAAAUAUAUUGCCUAAAUUAUAAAUUUCUUAUAAAUGCAAUCGCGUUGUAAACUCAUUAUCAGACAGAACGGAGAUUCAUCUGUCCAAUAGGGCUUUCACACUACUCGGAUCUGUGCGAAAAUUUACGAUUAGAUAUAUACUUAAGUUUUUCAAGCUUAUAUUUGUAUACAUAUUUCUAUUAUACAUACCCACUGUUUUAGAAUUUAUAAAAAGAUUAUAUCUAGAACAGUGAAAAUCCCUCUUAAUGCAUUUUAUUACACUGUAAAAGGAAACAAAAUUGAAAAAAUACAUUUUAACAAAAUAGUCGUGUGUAAUAAGAUAGUAAACAAUCAUCGGAUUUGUAUACACAAGACCAUAGAUUAGGCAAGACUGAAAAAAAGAGUAGUAUCCACUAGAAUAGAAAACUUCUUGUAUUAACUGAAAUGUUUCUUUACUUUCUUUUUUUUUUUUCUUUUUAAUAGAUACACAUCAAUUAAUCCCGAUAGCAUUACAUAAAUCUUCGAUAUAGAUUUAUGGUAUGCUUCAAUCGAGAAUUCUAAAGUGGAGUAAUCUCUAUGUAACUAGAAAAGAAAAAGAAAAUCUUUAACCUGAAGGAUUUUUUUAAUCUGGUCCACACAUACGUGAUCAACGCAACAAAUUUAGAAAAAUAAAUGAAAGGAAGAUAGUGAGAUUCAAAUUCGUUUUCUAAUUACAUUAAUGAAUGCGCUUAAUUAAUAUCUUCGUACAUAUAAUAGAACAGGCAAUUGCAAUUAGAGACAUGAUAAAUUCUUCGUCUCCGCAAAAAAUAAAAAAAAAAGGAAAAAUGGAAUGGACCAAAUUGAAACAUCAAAGAAUCCAUAAGCUUUUUCUCUAAUAAUAUUUAUUAAAAGCAGUGUAAUAUUAAACCAAAUAAUAUAGGUGCUGGAUACAUCACAGAUCUUUUAAGGUGCCUUCUCUCUGUUUGUUGCGGUAAAAAAAAAGAUUAAAAGUAAUUAAUCAUAGACUGCUCAGUUAUAAUCAGUCUAUAAAAAUAACUUUAUUUUCCCUAGCACUACAAAUCGUAGCGCAUAAUCUUCCUGAGUACUAUCAUUAUUUAAUAUUUAAGACAUGAUUGAUAUACAAUACAUUUUUAAUGACUUUGUUUCUCAAACAAUUUUCAAAUUCGAAGAACGAAAAACAUUUGUGUCGAACAAAUACGAAUAUGAUUAGGAGAAUAAAUGUUUAAUAUGCCUUUAUAGGAGCACAUAUGUAAAAUAUAAUUUAAGAUCUUGUGUAAAUAACUGUAAAGAAAGAAAAAAGGAAGAAAGGUAUCGAUGUGUCUUUCAUCGUCGAUUGAUUAAAUAUUGAACCAUUCUAUAUAGAUUCGUUCGAAAAUAGUUUGAGAAACAAAGACUCGCAUAAUGAAGUUAUUUUCCAGAAUACAUGAAAAAAGGUAAUAAGUAGAUAAUCUUAAACUUGUUCUAUUUUAUGAAUUAAUUCAAAACGAAAUAAGUGAAUUUAUUCAUCUACAUUGAAAAUAUAAUUAUUCGUCAGCUUCCAAAUAAUGAUUUGCCGGUGAAAAAAUAAUGGAUGGGUUUUUCAUUUUUGAAUUAACACUCCUUGUUAAGUAUAAAUCAUCAUCCCAAAUUUCCUGAUUAACAAAUUAUUUAUAUCACAUACACAUAUUGUAUGUUAUACAAAUUAUAUAUAUACAGAUAUGUAUCUGUUGGGUGUGUACGCGCGCGCGCGCGUAUGUGUAUGUAUGUUGUGUAUACACAUAUAUAUAUAUAUAUAUUGUACGCGUGUAUAUAUAGUAACAAAAAUAUGUAUCUUUUAAAAUAAGUUCAUAGUGGUGUGGAUAAAGGUUUGUGUAGAUUAUAGUAUGUAUUUUAUGAUGGUACUGAGAAAAGAAAAAACAAAAUAACAAAAAAAAAUAAUAUAACAGACUUCCGAUAGAUGCCUAACAGAUUUCACACUUCCACGGUCGAACCAAAUUUCGAAGAUACUCUUCAGUUUUUAUACAAAGUACAUUAUCGAACAGUAGAUUGUUAAUCGUCGUUAACGAAAAUGUAUAUGUAGAUAUUAUUAUACAUGAAAUAUAUAAUAAUAAUAAUAAUAGUAAUAAUAUAAUAAUAUUAUUAAUAAUAAUACAUUCGCGUAAAAUGUACGUUUAAAGAGACCAGUUAAAUUUUAAACUUGUAUUCUGCGGAAUUGAGUUGUGUAUAUUUUGUAAAUAACAACUUCUAUAUUCUGAAGUAUGAAAAAAUAAAGAAAAAAAAAAAAAAAGAAAAAAAAUAGUGGAUACUUGUAAAGAAAUCAGUACAGGGGAUGUAAACAAUAGAGGGAAGUUUGAUUAUCGCUAUUGAGACACUAAAUUGCUAUUAUUCUAUGAUCAUAUAUAAUGAUAUGAUUAUAUGUAUAUAUAUAUAUAUAUAUAUAUAUAUAUAUAUAUAUAUAUAUAUCAUGUUGAGAUCACGUGAAAAAUCAUAAAAGCACAGUUAUGUGUGCGUAUACAUAUGUACACAUAAUUAUUGCACACGUGUGUAUGUAUACGCAUAUAUAUACAUGCAUAUAUAGUAGUAUGUAGUUUUAUUAUAUCCAUCAUACGUGUAGAAGUCGCAUUCCAACGUCUAAGUUUUUAAAGAAAUAAAUAAAUUACUUUGGUCAGAGA